AUGAGUGCCGUCCAGCGCAAAAAGUUCACCCAACGCAACGUCUUUUACCUGCGAGCUUCACCCUACGUCGUCCUCCAGACCAUCCUCUAUCUCGACUACCGCCAUGUAGAAUGGAUGAACCUCAACCCUUCCAUCCUCACACAGGUGCUCUCGAUACUACGCACACGCAUCAUGCCCAAGCUGCGCAAAGAGUCUGACUCUUCGGGCAAGCUUUCGGCCAUGAGCAAGAAGGAGCGAGUCGACGUGUACUCCGAUCGCGACUUUCAGGUGGCCUACUUCUUCAGGAGGAUGGACGAUCGACAUUCCGUGCUGCUCAAGGAGAAGAGUCUGGUGUUUCCGAGCGAUCCGAGCUUAGGGGAGGUCAAGUUGGAAGAGGAGGGAGAGGGAAAUCUGCAUGCACCCAUCCCGAGAGCUACACCAGCUCCAGGGAGGGCGGCUAGUGUUGUGGCUGCGACAGGUGUGCAAGAUGGGGGGAGCAGCGCACAGCCGGUUCGCAUCAAAGACUCGCCAGAUGCGCAAGAAGCAAUCACGUCCUCACCCAAUGCGAGCAUGGCAGCGCUGUCUGGAGCCGAUGACAACGAUGACAACGCGCUGUUCAGAGGAGGAGGGGCCGCAGAGGAGGAUCAAGAUGCAGUGUCCAUGCCUCCUCCAGCAACCAGCAGUAGUACACGACGAACAAGAGCCAGCAGCAGUGUCAACAAUGAUACAGGUCGACGCUCAAAACGAGUUCGCAUCCAAGAGGAUGUCGAUGUCAAACCGGACCCCUCUGCUGCUUUGGAAGUGGACCAGUCGACAGCAGAGCGAGGACAGAGCGACGAUCAGCCUGGCACCGAAGAUGCAGCCAUCGUAAUUACAGAGGAAGACGAAGAAAAGAUGAAGCCUAAAUUGCACGUCAAGUAUGCCGGUUUCCGGAUCUUUGGCAAACUCCUCGUGCUCGUGGUCGAGCCCUCCAAACGCACUCUUGCUGCGCAUCCCGAGCUGUUUGGCGAGAAAAAGACGGUUGAGAUUCGCCAGCUCUCGGUGGCUCCGCGAUCCAUGACGCCAGGCAUCGCCAACAACCGCUCGGGCUCGGUGCAGGGCCGGUUCACGUCGCUUGAGCCUGCAGAGCGAUCGAGUCGAAAUGCGAGCGUGGGUAGGGGCGCGACUCCGCUCUUUCGUGGUGCGACACCCGCUGACAGUGAGGCAGGGAGCACUCCCGGCCCGAUGCGAGGCUCUGUGACACCAGCACCCCGUGGAACAAGCGUGCUGGAUAAUGAUGCAGUUGGCAUGGUAGAAGGUCAGGAAGGAGAGGCAGACGACGAUGGACCGACGAUAGGCGAACUUGAAGGGAUCGAGCUGGCCACGCAGAUGCUCGCGAGAGAGGAGCAGACCAUGGGCGGUAAUGAUAUCGAAGAGGGAGACUGA